AACAAUUGAAUUUCCAUUCGGUCGGAAUUUCCAUCGGGUGAACGAAGUUCCAUUGGAAUGGGGUAGACGCGGCGGAAAAGUUCUCGAUUUCCCAUCAUUUACCGGCCGAUUAGCUAGUCGUGGUUGUCUAUUAGUUGAGAUAAAACACCUGCUUAAAAAAUACGUGUCAAAGUGAUUUCGGCUAUUGAAGUGGAGAUAAUGGACAAUCUGGGAUACGUGCCUGAAAGUGAAAACAACGGCCAUGCUUUCACCAUUUCCAGGGGCAGCGCUGGGACAAAGCAGGCAAAUGUCAACGAUUUUCUCGUCGAAAUCAAUUCGCGAUUUAAACCCUCGAAAAAGCUGCUGUACUAUCGAAGAUCCACCUUCCUGCUUGCUGCUUUGGCCAUUCUCCUUCUGCUAGUUUUAAUCAUCAUUCUAACUUCCCGUUCCAAAUGGAAUCCACCGUCAAUCUGCACCAGCUCAGAAUGCAUUCGUUCUGCGGCCAAUUUCAAAUAUUCGAUUAACUUUAGCGCGGACCCUUGCGAUGAUUUCUAUCAGUUCUGCUGUGGAAAAUGGUCGCAAGGGCAUCCCAACCAUGGGUGGUACUCCGGCUUUUCCACUUUCACUACUGUAACGGAGAAAAUUGCCAUUGAGGCCAUGGAGGUGCUGGGGGAAGGCGUUAAAGACGGAGAACCGACUGCUGUGGCUCAGGCCAAGAAGCUUUAUGAAUCCUGCCUGGCCACAGAUGCCUUAGACCAUCUGGGCUUGAACCCUCUCUACGACGUGCUAUCGCUGACCAAUUUACCUCUGGUUCCCAGCUUCUUCAAUCAAACUCCUUCAUCCGGCCAGUUCGACUGGAUAAAGUCGGAGAUUCUGCUGAAACUUGUUCUUGCCAUGGACGUGUUCAUUGGCUUCACAGUACAACCCAACCUCUACCGGAGAAAUGAGAACGUUAUGUACAUGGGAGUGUUGUACCAAAGUUGUCCUUUGCCAAGUCCCUUAAAGAACAAUCGUUGGCUCAGCAAGCAAAGAAAGGCUAGAUCCGCUUUGGAGCCAAUGGAAGACGAGGAAUCAGGGGACGCGCGUGAGGCACUACGAAGAAAAAUCCGCAGCGACAUUUUCAAACACGUCACCAAGUACAUAAUGGGAAACACCAGUCAGGAAGUGGCGGAAGAAAACGACCUUCAAAAGGCCGCUGACAUCAUCAACAAUAUCACUGCCUACAUGGACAACCUGCAGGAAAACUUCACGCUCCCAGAAGGAGAUUAUGGAGAGGAUGAAACUCGCAGAAUUUCAUUUCAGAAGCUUCAAAAUCUCACAGAUUCCAACGUAAGAAAGCCCAUGCCCGAUUUCUGGAUCAACUACAUCAGCAGCUUAUUCGAGACCACCAAUGUUACAAUUGAUCCUCAUUCUGAUGCGUUUCUCAUUACCGAAACCGAGCUGGGCUAUUUGUGGAAUGUUUUGGACUAUGUCUCCAGUGAGCCCCAAAUGCACAUUGAGCUCUACAUGUGGUGGUCUGCAGUAUAUGCAAUGAUCAUAAACACUUCUUCUGAUCUAACUUCUUAUAUUGUGAAGCAGACAGCCAUAUUUUAUGCUAGUAGCGGAUCAGAAGAUGAUCCGCUUUACACCCGGUCGAGAUCAUUAGAUUGCUGUGAUCUUGUUAACAAGUACAUGGGAUGGGCUGUAAGCUAUGCUGUGGCUGAUAAAACGUUUGCUAACAAAACCAAGCCCAAAGUGGAAAAAAUGAUAAGCGAUAUCAAGGUUGCAUUUAUUGACCAUGUCCGAGGCAUAAGGUGGAUGGACGCUGAUACCAAAAAAGUCACUUUAGAAAAGAGCGAAGAAAUGCUCAGCUUCAUUGGAUAUCCUGAUUGGUUGUUCCAAGAAGGGGCCUUGGACAGAAAGUACUGGGGGCUGGAAAUUAAUGAGACCACGUACUUGAGCAACAUGGUCAGCAUUAUCAUGCAAUAUUCAAUAGAAACACUGACUUCUUUGCGUCUACCAAAUCCUCGGGAUUGGAGCACUGAAGCGACAGUAGUGAAUGCCUACAAUUCAUUUCAGGAUAACGCCAUAAAUAUACCAAUGGCAAUUCUGAAUUUUCCCCUUUACGACCUGGGAUUAGAGGUGUUGAACUAUGGAUCGAUUGGAGCUAUUUUAGGCCACGAGUUCACCCAUGGAUUUGAUAAUGCCGGCAGGAAGAUGGACAAAUACGGCAACUAUAUCCAGUGGUGGUCCAAUAAGACUAUAGAAACCUUCGAGGAAAUGACCAAAUGCUUUGUUAACCAAUACGACAACUAUACCCUAAAGGGCAUUGCCGGACACGUGAAAGGGAAAAUGACACUGGGAGAAAAUCUGGCAGACAAUGGAGGCCUCAACCAGGCCUACACAGCCUACCAGCGAUAUAUUCAGAAAAACGGAGAUGAGCCGAAACUGCCAGGGUUUGAGCAAUAUUCCAGCGAUCAGAUGUUUUUUAUUGCUUACGGAAGUAUUUGGUGCGAGACUUUGUCAAUGGAAGACCUGAAAGUUCAGCUGGAGCACGAUGAGCAUUGUCCUAACUCGGUUAGAGUGGUUGGGACUCUACAGAACUCCUUGGACUUUGCGAAGGCUUUCCAGUGUCCGAAGAACAGCAAAAUGAACCCAGAGAGGAAAAAGUGUCGAAUCUGGUGAAGCGCUGUUUAAUGGCACAUUUUUAAAAAAGUGAUAUUUGUACAUUUAAAUCACAUUUUCAAGAGUGAGACACGAGUGAUAAUGUUUUUGCCUUUGACUUAAUAGAAAUGUAGGUUAAUAUAUUUAUGCUGAGAGAA